UGGCGGCUGUUAGUGUCGCUGAACAACUUGAUGGGGUUGAUACUGUCCCUGUAAUACUAGUCAAGGUGUUAGAGGCAGUGGGUGUGGCCUCGUGGAGUAACUAUGGACCGUUUUCUGAUUGUUACUGUUUAGUGUCCCUGAUGGAUACUGAAGGACAUGUAAAGUCUGAUACAAGGAAAGGAAUUGUACACAAACGUACAAUUGAUCCAAAAUUUGGAGAAGUGUUUAGAUUUAAGUUGGGAAAAGACGACAAAAUCAAUGAUUUUAUAAUCAGGAUAUCACUGUGGCACCAGCAGCAGCUAAUGGGGGACGUGUUCUUAGGACAGAUACACUUAUCACUCUCCUCAUUAUCACUCACUGGACCACACCCACCUCGCUCCUACCAGGCCUGGUACAGUCUCCGCCCCAGGUCAGAGUACAGUCCAUUAAAGAUUGGAUCAAUGAGAUUAUUACUAAUAUACCAUGAGGACUAUAUACUCACAUCAACCACUUAUCAACCACUCCUGAACCUACUGGUGAACUCCAUCACUGAACCGGAUUUUCAAGAUACCUCAUUGUGUAUACUGAAUGAAGUGAGUAAGGACAGAUCAGCAAUGGGUCUCUGUAUAGUCAAUCUAUUCCUCCAACUCAAUAAAUUUGAGGAGUUAGCUCAUAGACUGAUUACAGUUGAAGUUACCUCCACCAGUGAUCCUAAUACAUUGUUUCGUGGUAAUUCUGUGGCCAGUAAAGUGAUUGAUGAGUUUAUGAAAGUUGUUGGACAAACUUAUCUACACAGGACACUGCAGCCUUGCAUUGAUGAGAUUUUUGAAGUGAAGAGGUCGUGUGAAAUUGAUCAGUCGAAAUUAUCUGAAGGAGAAAAUAUUGACCUUAACAUGACUAAUUUAUUAUUUUUUGUUGAGAAGCUCAUGAGUGCCAUUACUAGUUCUGCCCGUUCCUGUCCCUCAGUUAUGAAGAGAAUAUUUCAUUUAUUACGAACACUAUCAGUCAAACAAUUCCCUGAGUUUGAAGAUGAAGUUCGAUUCACAUCAAUAAGUGGGUUUAUCUUUUUGAGGUUUUUUGCUCCAGCCAUUUUGAAUCCAAAGCUGUUUGGACUACGACCCGAGAAUCCAAAUCAGACUGUCUCAAGGACUUUGCUUCUCAUUUCUAAAACUAUUCAAAAUUUAGGAAAUGUCGGAGCAAGAAAGAGAGGUUCUUCAAUGCGGAAAGAGGAUUUCAUGGUGCCAGUUCUCACUGAAUUAAUGGAUCCACAACACAUGAAAUCUGUCAAAAAUUAUUUAGAUGAUUUGGCUACUGUUGGUAAAGAUGAAGUUCAUUUGACCACACCUUAUAGGGAGGGGUACCUCGUCAAACGAGCUUUAGCAAGAAAGAAGAUUUCGGUGAAAAAUUUUAAGAGAAGAUAUUUCGUUUUAUCCGAUGCUGGCCUCUCCUACAGUAAAGCAAGAGGUGAUCUUAUUAUUAAUGUUAUUCCACUGGAGGAUAUGCUGGCAGUUGAAAGAGUUGAUGAAACAGCAUUUAACAUGAAAUUUAUGCUACAGCUAAUACAGCCUGAGAGAGUUCUGUACUUGCAAGCUAAGAACAGUGUGGACCAAUUGGAAUGGUUAUCGGCACUUGCUAAAGCCUGUUAUGUUCAUCACAGUGACACUAUGGUAUCAUCAGUACACAGAGGAUCAUUCACUUGCAGUCAAUGGUCAUGUUGUGGGUCUCACAUUGUGGAACAGCCUGGAUGUCAACCAGUCAGUCUUGCUAUAAAGUUAUUGGCUGGUACCAAAAGAACAAGUGUGGAAAGAGAAUUAAAUAAGAUUUAUCGAAUAUUAUUAGACUCACAAGAAAGAUUAAUUAAACUAAAAGAUGAAGCUAGUAAAAGUGCUCGUAGCAGCGUCAGUGAUGAACAGUCAGUACUACCAGUGAGACUACAGAUGAUAUGUGAACUGAUUGUUAUUAUUAAGAACUUGGAAAUGGCUAGUAAAUCAUUAUUGAGGAAGAGAACACAAAAAAUAGGCAGCAAAGAGCUGCCAUACAUUUGUGAUCCAACUGAGGCCUAUGUAAUCAAGUGACAUGCCUUCUUUUAUUGACCACACCCACUUUUAAACAAACACACCCCCAGUCAAUUAUAUUAAAAUUAUUAGCACAAAUGGGAUUUAGUGUACAUGUAUUAUGUAUGAGUGAAAUUUAUUUUAUUUUUGAAUCUAUUUUUUUAACUUUGAGAUUUUUAGUUAAAUAAUUAUUUUAUUUUAAAAACC